AUGAGAACCAGCACUCUCCUCACCCUCGCUACCUCCGUCGUGGCCAUCGCAGCCGCCGACUGCGCCGCCCCAGGCGCCUACGAUGCUCAGGGUCGCUAUUCGUGCAACCCGGCGCACCAGUACCCCAACGGCCAGCAGUGCAAGGACGUUGAUGGCUGCCCACUGCUGACCGACGCCAGCGGCAAGCCGAUCGUCAAGAGCCAGACCGGCAGCGCGACCACCUCUUCUGGACCGGCGCCUACUAGCACCUGCGCCGCCCCUGGCGACUACGACACCCAGGGCCGCUACUCUUGCAACCCGGCGCACCAGUACCCCAAUGGCCAGCAGUGCAAGGACGUUGAUGGCUGCCCGCUGCUGACCGACGCCAGCGGCACGCCGAUCGUCAAGGGCCAGACCGGCAGCGCGACCACCUCUUCUGGACCGGCGCCUACUAGCACCUGCGCCGCCCCUGGCGCCUACGACGCCAAGGGCCGCUACUCGUGCAAUCCGGCGCACCAGUACCCCAACGGCCAGAGCUGCGUCCAGCUCGACGGCUGCUACGUCCUCUGCGAGGGUGGUAACAAGCCCAUCACCACCACGGCCACCGUCAUCCCGCCGGCCACCGGCACCGGCAGCCCGAAGCCCACCGGCAGCACCGGCAGCUGCGCCGCCCCGGGCGAGUACGACGCCCAGGGCCGCUACUCGUGCAACCCGGCGCACCAGUACCCCAACGGCCAGAGCUGCAAGACCAUUGACGGCUGCCCCCUGCUCGUCGGCGCGGACGGCAAGGCCAUUGUCAAGAACGGCGGCAGCUCGACGACUGCCUCUUCCGUACCUGUCGUCACUGGCGCGGCCGGCAAGGUGCAGGGCGGUCUUGUCGCUGCGGUUGUGGCCGCCGCCGCUCUCCUGUAG